UAUAUAAUAAUGUCGGAUUCGAAGGCGGAGUACAACUGGGGCGAUUUGGGUGUGGAGCCCAUGGACAGCUUUGCAUCCGAGAUACGACAUGGGGAGUUUCCCAGUCUGCAGCAGCAUCGGGAGCAGGUGGAGCAGCUGCAGCGACGUGGCAGGCAGCUGGUCAGCCAGCCCCAGCAGCACUCCCAGUUGCUGGUCGCCAAUCUCUUCACGAACCUGAAGGUCGGCAGCGAGAGGAACACACUUCCAACGCAGGUGUCAACUCCAAAGGCCUAUCGCUUCAAGGACAUCUAUUCGAGUCGCAAGGACCAGCUGCUCCGCGAGUGCCAGGAGCAGGAGCGCAAGCAGCGCGAGUUCCACAGCCGCCCGAUGCCCGACUUCCGGCAGGCGCACGAACGCCAGGCCUCCAAGGUCGUCGUGCAUCGCGUCACCUGUCCCACGACGCCCAAUGUGCUCAAGAAUUCGCGUGAAAUGGAGGCGAAGCGCCGCUUGCACGUGCAGGAAGUGCAGCGGGAGCGCGAGCAGCAGUGCCAGCUGCACAGAAUGCAGGCGCCCAGGGCCAAGCCCAUUCCUUUGAGCAGCCGACAGCCCUUGAGGUCCUCGAAUCGUCCUGCCGCCGCUCCGCCGCUGAAGCUGAAGGUUGAGCCCUUCAACCUGACCGCCGAGCUGCGCGUCCAGCAGCGGCGCCUCUUCAACAUCCAGACAUCGCAGGCGCAGGAGGCGCGGCGUCGCGAGCUGCAGGAUCAGCGCCAGCGGGCGGAACGGGAGGCGUACCAGAAGCAGCGCCAAGGGACCACGUUCCGCGCCAGACCCAAUCCAUUCUCGCAGACUGCACGUUGACCUCCCAGGGAUUUGCCAUCUAGUUUUUCUGUUCUUUCCAUUUCUUUUCGGGAUUUCAUUUUGUUCGGAUUUUGUUGCAAAUUUGUUUUGUUCGAAGAAAUUAAAUUACUAUAAUCACCAGCAGGCAACCGCAAACUCACAGUGGCGGGGAAAUCAAUAGGCCUUUCUAGCUGCAUAAAUUGUGC